UCACUCUAACAAUCUUUUUGCUUUGGUCGAAGUUUUUUUAAGAACAGGAAAAAAAGAUUAUUCAGUCAAACAAUUCAAAUGGUUUCGCAGAUAAUCUCGUGUUUAACUGAAUCUUCGUCUCUUUUCUGCCUCUCCGAUACCCGGAGUUUAAUUCUGCCGAAGACUUAUAACCGCUUCGGUUUGAGCCAGUUUUCUCCGGGAUUUGCUAGCCGCCGGUUAUCUAAUGUUAAUCGGAGGAAAUGGAGAUCUGCUUGCAUUUUCAACUCUGGGAAAGAACCUGGAGGAGACGAAAAGGGAGGUAGCUCAGAGUGGGCGAUACUUCAAAGAUGGGAAGUUCCAUGGGAAUGGCAGACAGUUUCGUUAACUUCGCUUGCUUGUGGAUUAAGUUUUGUUUUGACAGGAUUGACCGAGAUGUUGGCCAUACCGUUUUUAGGAAUCGACGUUGAGAAACUGAGCUUGGACGAAAAGGCGGAAAUUUUAUUCCUGGAUCAAGGCAUAACAACUGCAGUGGUACUUGCUGUCAUAUUCACUGUUGCCAAAACCUUCGAGCCACUUCCUGAAGACAUUUUGCGCUAUGGUACUUCACUCUUCUUCUUUUUUUUUUUAUUAUUGGGAUUGUCUUGCAAUGUUUGCUCGUUUAUUUGGCCUUUGACCUCUUCAGAUUUGAAACAACCCUUCAACCUGCAAAAAGGAUGGCUCGUGUGGGGUGGGAUCGGUCUGGCUGGUGCUGUUGGUGCCAUUGCGUUAACAGGUGUUGCUUUAUCAUUGUUCAAGACAGAGACACCCCAAAGAGAGGUAGACUCUUUGAUGAAGCUUUUACCAUUAAUUGGAUCCUCGAACAUAAGCACCAUAAGCUUGGUGGGCAUAACUGGAAUCCUUGCACCACUUCUUGAGGAGACCGUGUUUCGUGGAUUCUUCAUGGUGUCUCUUACCAAAUGGGUCCCGACCCCAAUAGCGAUCAUCAUCAGCUCAGCUGCUUUUGCCCUUGCCCACCUCACACCCGGUGAAUUCCCUCAGUUGUUUAUUCUAGGUUCGGUAUUGGGAUUAUCAUAUGCGCAAACCCGCAAUCUCAUUACCCCAAUGGUCAUUCACGGUUUUUGGAACUCAGGAGUUAUUUUGCUGCUCACUUUUCUUCAGAUCCAAGGGUAUGAUAUUAAGGAACUAUUGCAGGCAAACUAGCUUUGAGUUUUGCUCUUUGUUAUGUCCGCAAUCAACUUGAAAAAGCUUCACCAUGUUAGUAAGAUUUUUUCGAAAGAAUUCAAAUGUAUAAUUUGAGUUUUGGUCAAGUUAUAUAAUGUGAUACUCUUAGCCUUACUACAAGUUCAUGGUAGUAUUGUAUGAACGACAAUGAUAUAUAGAUGAUAUUUAUUUAUUAUUGUGGAAAAACAUUAGUAAUUCUAUUCAUAUAAU